GAGUCCGGUCUCCUCAGCACCGCCACAUUUAAUAUGGAGACUUGAAACUGUGUACUCUUUUCUCGCUGCGUAUUUUCCAACUUAUUCAACUAUCAAGGGCUGGAGAAUCAGUCUGUCGACCUCGAUGAGGCGUCAUUAAUUGUUUUCGGGCACGCGACUCACCCAUCAUCUCCCCAGGACGGAGGCUUCUUUACAUCCCUUUCUCCUCACUACGGCCGCACCGAAUGAGAUUAGAUGAUUCAGUCGCCAGCUCAGGAUGUCGAAAUUCGAUAAUAGCAAGCAGCGAUUAUUUCUGCUAAUUGCUUUCGUGGGAUGCUGCUUUAUCUUGCUCAAUGUCUUCGUCCUGUUCGGAGUCGACCGCCGAUUUAGCAAGGUGCCUUUGGAAUUGGACGACGGACAAUCAACAAAUGGAGAAUUCAAGGUAGUGUAUACAUAUGCCCAGAAAGAUGAAGAGCCUCUUGACAACCAUCCCAUUUCCGAGCUGAUGAAACGGGCGGAUGAGCAGUUCAGGCAAUACGAUGACGGCCGCUCAAAGAAUUUCCGGGAGGCUGUGAGGCAUUACAGGAAUAAAUACGGACGCCAUCCGCCGCCGGGCUUUAGAGAGUGGUAUCAAUACGCUCGAGACCGCAAUGUCUACAACAUUGAUGACUUUGACCAGGCUAUGGAUGAUCUGAGGCCCUUUUGGGGCGUCGAGCCCAAAGUCAUCCGUAACCUCGCCGCGCACAUGUGGGAGAAGACGGAGGACGGUAUUUCGGGGAUUCACAUUCGGAACCACAAGGUGGUUAAUUCGACAAACCCCGGCUGGCGCUCUGACACCUUUAUCACUCUGAUCGACAAGAUUUCCAACGAUCUUCCCAAAAUUCUUCCUGACAUGGACAUUGCCAUGAAUAGACUCGAUCAGCCACGUAUCGUCGUUCCUUGGGAAGACAUGCAAGCUCUUCUCGCAACUGAGGAGAAAACGCGCCAUCUUCCGCCCGAAGGCAGUUAUGAAUUUACCCCUGACCUUCCUGGCCUGGCACAGAAUAUUUUCAAUCCUCCCAAGUCCGCCAAGGCUGGUGAUCCUACAGAAGUAGAGAAGGAAGAAGAGGGGGAGGAAAAGAUUGAAGAUCCAGCAUGGUUCCGCGCACCCGGAAAGCAAUACAUGGACAUUGGCAAGCUUGCAUGUCCUCCCGAGUCACAUGCACGCGACUCCACGUCCACGGAAGAGGAUUCAGAGCUCCUAUACAAGACUCACGAAGGCGGACUGGUCACAAACUUCAACCGGUCCAGCGACCUCUGUACGAUUGGUCCGGAGAUUCAAAACAAGCACGGAUUCUUGUAUUCGUCAUCGAGUCUCAUUGCGUCCAAACGGCUUCUCCCCGUCUUUGGUGAAUGUAAAGUAAACGUCAACAGCGACAUUCUCUUCCCGGCCAACAUGUACUGGAAACACGACGACCGGUACGAUUACAGUGAGGAGCACGAUCUCCCCUGGGAAGACAAAUACGACCAAGUAGUCUGGCGGGGCGUCACCUCAGGCGGUGUCCAACUGGAAUCGAAUUGGCAGCGCAUGCACCGACAACGACUCGUCCAGCUCCUCAACUCUACGCAAAUGGCCGACAAGGACGUCCGAAUCCUUGCUGAAAACCCCGAACGCAAAGGCGAAUACGAAAACGUGCGGACAUUCCAACCUUCUGAAUUUGCCGAGAAACACACCGACGUCGGCUUCGUCGAGACAUGGGGCUGUGUGCCCAACUGCGAUUUCUACAAGGACGUGUUUGCGCUAAAAGAACAAACUACUCUGUCGAGCCAAUUCAAGUACCGGUAUCUCAUUGACGUCGACGGCCAUUCGUUUUCCGGGAGAUGGCGCGCCUUUCUCGAGAGCAAGAGCUUAGGCUUCAAAGCGACCAUUUUCCGCGAAUGGCAUGACUCGAGACUGUUUGCCUGGAGACAUUUCGUCCCCAUGGACAACCGCUUCGACGACGUGUAUACUCUGCUUACGUACUUUAUUGGAACUGGAAUUCCAAGUCGCCCGACGCUGCCUCCAGAUGGAACGUCGAAUAAGGGAGACAUUUACGUGCCUCGGCACGAGUAUGAGGCCAAGAUGCUCGCCCGACGAAGCCGCGAGUGGGCCAAGAAGGUCCUCCGACGAGACGACAUUGCUAUAUACACCCUCCGCCUGCUCCUCGAAUACGGUCGUCUCAUCGACGACAACCGCGACCGCAUCGGCUACUUUGGCGACGGCAGCGAACUCGACGAUUACGACAGCAAGCAUCCCAUGCCCGACGCGUCUGAAGGACUAUGGUGAUUUCUAUUUUUUCUCCCUUUGCCGUUUUGCUGUUCACAUUCUACACACCUAUUUCCAUUCUUCAGGGUAAUAGCUUCGGCGUUCUUGCAUUUCAGACACAAGUGGGAAUGACUCAAAAUCGCAAAUACGCAUAUAAUGCUUUUUAGAUCUCCAUUUCAUCAUUAUUAUCAUUAUUGCGUCUUCUUUCUCCUUUUUCGCUCCCUUUUUCCCUCCCGUUUCUCAUCCUUUUGUCAUUGUCAUACCCCCACUUGCUACCUGCUACCUGCCAUGUGACUUGUCGCAAGUGUCUGUCGGUUUUUGUAUAUGUAUCAUACGUACUUUGUUUGCG